AUGAAAGUGAAAUUAUUAGUAGCUCUUUCGCUGCUGGCUGUAAUCGCCUCUGGCAGCGCUGUGAAAGUGCGUCCUUUGAGCAGAUAUGCACAAAAGCGCCCCGUUCUAAAUGAGCAGCAAAAGGAGGCUCAGUUAGCUGCGGAGAAAGCAGAAGACGUGACGAUUAAAGAGAAAUCCGAAUCUCAAUCUGAAUCCCAAUCAUCAUCAGCGUCAGAGCCCGCCAAGUUGCAGCGCAAGGAAGAUGUCGGCAAAGAUGUGCACAAGCGCGGCAUUUACUAUAAUGGCGGUCUGGGAUACGGCGCACAUGCCGCGCCUGCUGCACCUGCCACAUACUGGCCCAAAUCGUAUGCUGCUCACUAUGGAUACAGCUUGAACUUGCCUGGAGCUACUGCGUACUCUAACGUCGCUGCGCAUGCACACGCGCACGGACCUGUCUAUGCGCAUGCACCCGCCUUUGCACACGCACCUGCCUACGCCACACAUGCGCAUGCGCCCACUUUCUUAAAGUAUCCCAGCGCUGGUGGUUUCCAUCUUAAACAAUUCGCCGCGGGACCUGCUGCCUUUCCUGUUGCCACUUAUGGUGGUUCUACAAUAGGCUUGGGCAACACUGCUAUUGGACUAGGAUUAGGUACAGCAACUGCUGUGCCAGCGGUGGCUCCAACCGAUGUAGCAACAUUGCCGCAUGCGCAUUGGAGUCCUUUCGCGUCUGCCGCUGGUGCUGCUGUUGCACCCGUUGUACCUGCUUUUGCUCCCACCGUCGCAUCUGCUGGCCCAGUUUCGCCAUUUGUGCUGCGCCCUGGUGGCGCUGUCGUCUCUUCCUACAACGUGAAUUUUCCUCGUUUCCCUCAAAAACCUGUGGUUGGAGUGCCUCAUUUAACACCCGUCCAGCCGUUGACCCAUGUGCAUCCAGUGCAGCCCCUACAGCCGGUGCAGCCGCUACAAUCGCUACAACCGUUACAUCCAGUGCAACCGCUACAACCUCUGCCAGCUUUAGCGCCGGCACAACCAGUUCAACCGGUCCAUUCUGUUGUGCAAGUACAACACACGACUCAUCCUCUUACAUCUGUACAGCCGUUACAUCAUUUACCUCAUUAUUUCCAGACGAGCUUCGUACAGCCGCAACGAAUUCCUGUUGCCGUGCCCGCUGCACCGGUUCCUCCAGUACCUGCCCUCCCUGCUGUACCUCUUACGCCUAGCUUUCCUGCCGUCCCUAGUUUUCCUUCAGCGCCAGCCUUGCCUGCGAUUCCCAUCUUCCCCUCGGCGCCACCAUUUCCUGCCAUUCCUACAGUGCCUGCAGUGUCCGCAGUUCCUGCAACGCCCUCUGUGCCCACCACACCCGCAAUAAAUAUACCGACGAGCCCGCCUACGGCUUCGCACCCCAAUCCCGUCUUUCCACUUGGUGUUCAACCACCCACACGCCCGCAGCAGCCACCAACUUUCGUAAGUAUACCAGUGCAGCCCGAAGCACAAUUUCCACCACUUGGGCCUUUGCCUGGCUCGCAAAGACCUGAGGGUGGUAGCGCGGAGGCGGCACCGCAAAUUCCAAACAUUCCUCCAAUACCUGCGUCACUUCCCGAGUCGGAUUUGCCUGCCGUGCAAGGCUCCCAAGAGCCCUGGAAACCAAUUCUCUCGUAUGGCCCACCUAAUUUCGAUCGACCAGCGCUAACUUUGUUGCCACCCUAUGGCAGCUCACCGGGAGAGGCUUACUUGCCACCAUCUGCCUCGGGGCAACAACAGUCUCAGCAGCAACAGCAACAAGGACUUUUCGAUAACCUAUCGGAUUCUGAAAUCGAACACAUUUUCGCACAGGCAGCUAACUUGGCUGCGCAACACGCGCCGCAGCACAACCAUCACCGUACAUUCUCCAACUAUUAGGAAAAGGGGGCGGGGCAAAGGAGUUUAGUGUUAUAUUUAGUUAAGGGUUAGUGCUCUUAGGUUAGGAUUUCA